AUGAGUCGUAUGAUCGACAAAUACGGCGGCGAUGAGACUACGAAACUAUCGCCGGCUCAAAAACAACAGAAGCAGGAGGCACUUGGGAAAUUUUAUCUACGGAAUGGGAAGGGGUAUUACAGUAUCCGGUCCGGUCUGUCCGUUAUGGACAAACCAGUCACACAGUAUCUUCAACUCAAGAGCAGCAGCAGGCUGGCCAAUUCCACAUCGGCAACAGACAAGUCUGCUUCUCAAUCUUCAGCUCUCCCACCAGCGCCGCCACCUGCAUUUGUUGGACGAGGACACGAUACAGCGUACGUGACUAUUGUCACCGACCAACCAUAUAAGCCAUCGAAAGCUAAUCAGUGUAUAAGCUACUUCCCCAAAACCAAGGUGAAAAAGUGGGUGAAUCAAAUCGUACAGAGCUCCCAGCACUACACAAGUGGAGAUGCUGUAUGCUUCUACGAAGGAUCAUCAUUUGUAAGAGAUGAGACAGGAACAACAGCAACAACUACGACAACAGCAAGCGUGCCUAUAGCUCUUCCACCAGCGCCACCACCUGCAUUUGUUGGACGGGGAGACGAUACAGCGUACGUGGCUAUUGUCACCGACCAACCAUAUGAUCCAUCGAAAGUUAACCAAUAUAUGGGCUACUUCCCCGACACCAAGGUGAAAAAGUGGGCGAAUCAAAUCGUACAGAGCUCUCAGCACUACACAAGUGGAGAUGCUGUAUGCUCAUCCGAAGAAUCAUCGCUUGAAAGAGAAAAGACAGCAACAACAACAACAGCAAGCUCACCUAUACUCAGCCCGUUUGCAGCCUAUUCUCCUCCAUGGGAUAUAUACAAUGCUCUCCAACCAGUGCCACCACCUCCAUUUCCUGGACGAGGAGACGAUACAGCGUACGUGUCUUUGGUCACCAACCAACCAUACGAUCCAACAAAAGUUAAACAGCAUAUGGACUACUUUCCCCAAACAAAGAUUCAACAAUAUGCUAAUCAGCUUGGAGACUUUUCAAACCUAGGAAGUACUAAUGUCGACGGCAAUUUCGCCUAUACUUUCACAAUUUCGCGUAGUGCUUGCGAAUAUGUUGAACAGUGGGUGGAUCGAAUCGUACAGAGCUCCCCAUACUACACAAGUGGAGAUGCUGUAUGCUCGUCCGAAGAAUCAUCGCUUGGAAGAGAAAAGACAGCAACAACAACAGCAAGCUCAUCUAUCCCAAUUCCACCGGAACUAUACAAUUUUUUAUCAAAUAUGCCAGUAUGUGAAGAGAACUAG